UCCCGGAAUUAUCGUCCACAGUGAGGGACAGAGGCUUUUCUCUGCGGACAGAGUCCACCAGCUGAGGAGGGCACAAGAGGCAAAAUGAUGAGUUCCAGCUCCACAACCACGACCACAACUGAACAUCCGCUGGUGCAGAAGCGCCUCGAGUGUCUGGAGGAGCUCAACAAAUCCACCAGCACGAUGGAGGACGGCACAUAUUGUCCGGGAACAUUUGAUGGAUGGCUGUGUUGGCCAAACACGCCAGCAGGAACCGCAGCAUUUGCUCCAUGUCCAGAAUUCGUCACAGGUUUCGAUCCAGCACGUUAUGCCCACAAGGAAUGCAGUUCGGAUGGAGUUUGGUAUAAGCAUCCUCUCACAAAUAAAACGUGGUCCAACUACACAACGUGCGUUAAUUACGAUGACUUUGAAUGGAGGCAGCAAGUCAAUUUAAUAUAUGAAACAGGAUACUCGAUAUCCCUGAUUGCCAUCCUGCUGUCUUUAGUGAUUUUAGGCUAUUUUAGGUCCCUCAAGUGUUCCAGAAUUACAUUACAUAUGAAUCUGUUUUCAUCCUUCGCCGCCAACAAUUCCCUGUGGCUGCUCUGGUAUCGAGUCGUCUUAGGAUCACCAGAAGUUCUUGAGCAAAAUGAAGCUGGCUGUGUCGUGCUCCACCUGGUGCUCCACUACUUUCUCCUCACAAAUUACGCCUGGAUGCUCUGCGAGGGCUUCUACCUUCACACAGUCCUCGUGGCGGCGUUCGUGUCGGAGAAGAAGCUCGUGAAGUGGCUCAUUUGGCUGGGAUGGGGCGCUCCUGCCAUUGUCAUAGUGCAGUAUGGACUUUUAAGAGGAUUACACGGAGAUGAAACAGACACAGUGCAGUGUUGGGCCAAUGAGACGUCGUACACGAACAUACUUGUUGCACCUGUGGUCAUAUCGAUGCUACUUAAUCUCCUGUUCCUCUGCAACAUUGUGCGAGUGCUGCUGCUGAAGCUCAAAGCGCCGGCCGGGCCACAAGGCGGAGGACCUUCCAGGACCGUGCUGCAGGCAUUCAGGGCCACCCUCCUUCUCGUUCCUCUUCUGGGUCUGCAGUACAUCUUGACACCCUUUCGUCCGGCGCCGGGCCAUCCGUGGGAGCGCGUUUACGAGACUGUAUCAGCUUUUACGGCCUCAUUUCAGGGUUUGUGCGUCGCCUCGCUGUUCUGCUUCUUCAAUGGCGAAGUGAUGGCUCAGGUCAAGCGAAAAUGGCGAACACUGUUUUUUCGGCCACGGGCAAAUUCAUACACGGCGACCCAAGUUUCGAGCGCAGGUAACGGCAGCUCCGUGGACGAUGAUAAUCACAAUGAGCGUCUCGAAUUGGUGACAAGAACACAAGCGGUCACUCACCAAGAGGACGCCAAAGAGUCACUCAUUCACCACGAGACAAUCGCCGACAACAUGAAUCCCUCCACCAGCACAACGGCCAAUGGAGGCAGCCACAAAGUGACAUUCACCAGCAACACAAAUCCAUUGCCACCGUCGCCAAGGGAUGAUCAUCUCUAGUGGAAAUGUCGUCCAUCGAGUCAAGAGAAGGACGCACUUUGCGGCUCUACCGCAGAAUGAAUAGAAGAAAAUGCUCUUUCAACUUAAAACGCGGGGACAAUUCUUAGGAAAAAAAACACAAACAAACCUCCAAAGUGCCAUAGAUUUAGGGGUGGGAAAAGAAGAAGUGUUGAGAAAAAGAUACUGAAUUUUAUUGCGUGUAUUUAGAAGAUAUUUAGAACUUUUAUGAAUGAAAAUAGUUAGGAAAUUAUUGACCAUUCUCAAGAGGUUUGUAGUCAUCAUUCUGAAAUGGAAAUUGUGAGGCAACUCGUGAAAAUACUGAAAAAUAUAUAUAUUUGUGAUAUAUUUUUCUCUGACUUUUGUUCAAGGGAGAGAAAUUUUGAGUUUCAUUAAUUUUCUUUCCUAAGAAAAUAUCAAACUGUUGAGUUCAUGAAUGUUCAGAGUAAAUUGUAACUACAAAAGUAUAAUAAAUAUACUUUAAUGGAUGUUAGAAAUAAUCCAAUCACAAGAGGCAAAAAAAUCAUCAAUUUGAAGACUCUAAAACUCCUCUGCAGACAUUCAAGACAGCUGAAAUGCCUCUUGUGAUGAGCAGAAAUUAAAAGGAAACGAAUUUAAUGUUACUACGUAUUUAGAAGAUAUUUAUUGCGUCUUAAUACAAUGUGAAACAGGAAGAUAUUCGUGUACAUAAAUUACGCUUUAAUUUAAUGAUAAACUGAAUGUAAAACUUUGAAGAGUGCUUAUCAAGAAAAUAUGAGAAAAAAAUUGUAAAAAAUGUGUCGAUAGAAAAUUAAAAAAGUUGCAAAAUGAA